UACCGAUCCGUCCGCGCGAAAACACGGUCUCUUUCUGUGUCGUCUUGGUGUUUCGGUGACUAAAAUGACUUCUUAUACACGAGUGACUUAGUGCAGAUCUGAAAGCAAUGUUGAAGUGGAGAGUUCGUUCGCCUCUGUCCUUCCUGGGAUGCGAGCCGCCCUUGCAAGCCUCGCCUGCUAACGCCCGUGCCGAGGACGAGGACGCAAGGGCCGUGGGCGUGCAGGUGCCAGGGCUGCCCGCGGUGGCCUCGAGCUCCUUCUCGGCUCCCGCGACUCCGGUGCCAAACAGGUCGUUCCUCCACCGAGCUUUUGUGCCAACGUCCCCCGCCUCCAUCGGCAUCGCGGAGGCCCUCGGAUUUUACGACGGAGGGCUGGGGGGGAAGAAGGCUCCCGCCGAAGACGCAGGUUCGGAGGCCUCUGUGCAUGCUGGGUCUCAGGAUGGCGGCGGCAGAUCUCAAGGACAAGACGGGGAGGUUCAGGACGAUCAGAAGUGCGGCGCCCUUCCCCGCGAAAGCCACUGUCAAGAUGAGGGUCAAGGAGAAGGGAAGCAGGCCGCCCGGGGUCAGGGACAGGAUCAGGGACAAGGACAAGCAAAGCUAAUGAGUCAGACCGACGCGCAACUGCAGGAUGCCAAACCUCUGAGCGACGAUGCCAACGCCAAAUCAUCUCCUACUAAUGUCGCCGAAGAAAAGGUCCCAGACUCACACUACUCUCAACCCCGUAAUAACAAACCCAUUACGUCACCAGAGACGGGGACCUUGCCACGCCCCCCUCCGUCCAAGCCGCUCCUGAGGUACUUCUUCGGCACGAUGGACAACCACAUCGGCUCCUUGAGGAACAGCAACGAGCGCCGCGGUCGCCCCAACGCCCACGCCAAGGAGAGCAUGGAGGACCGCCACUAUGCUCAGCCUCGAAGUAACAAGUGCGUCAAUUGCAAGAAAAACAGCAACGCAGAGGAGCCCGUUACCCGCCGCGUCUGUGGCGUGAAAUCGCUUCCGCUGACCCUGGAGAGAAAAAAAAGCAAGAGCACCUUCUACGUCGAUGUACCUGACAUAUCUUCGCCCAAAACGACGGAUCGAAAGAGCGAGCAACGGAAUUGCUGUUGUGCCGCCGGUUGCGGUCGCGCGGAGGGAGACCAGCGGGAUAAAGCGAUCAAGGAGGAAAGUGGGAAGAAACUGCCGAUCGACCCCAGCGAUCUCUAUAGCAAACCGCGAAAGCGACGCGGCAAACCGGGAAACCCUCCAGGCGAACGAGCCAAAUCACCCGCGAAGCAGUGUACCGAACCACAGAAGAAUGAUGCUUCGAACCGCGAAAAUGAGGCGAACAGUCCUCCUACUAAGCAGUGCAGUGAACCAAAGAACCAACUGUGUGAUUCUGUUAGUCAUUAUAGUGAACCACGGAAGACAUGCAUCGAAGUAAAGCCACACCAAAGUGAAUCUGUUAGUCAUUAUAGCGCACCCCGUAGGCAUUCAAAGGAGCCAAAGAACCUAUUAGUCGAGUCUGUUAGCCAUUAUAGUGAACCCCGAAAGCAAAGCACCGAACCAAAGAACCCCGUGAGUGAAGCGAGUAGUCAUUACAGCCAACCCCGAAAAACUAUGAGCGAUUCGGCGAACCUCUUGGCCGGACCGCGAGCACAGUGCGCCGUCGGGGUAGCGACUCAGACGAGCCCAGAGGACUUUGUCGAAACACUUUGUUCGAAACGUCUCGAAGGUAAGUCUCAAGACGAGUCGACGCGAGCAACGGAAAAGACCGAAGGCGGGAGAUGCCAGACAGUCGAAGCUCACGAGUACGAGCCGCUCGACGUCGCCAGAGGGUCGGAGAACCAUCUCGACGACGCCCUCGACUUCCGAGACGCCCUUGGCUACAUGAGGGCGAGGGAGAUCCGGAAAUUAAGAGGCAAAUCGGGAAAGGAAGAAGGAGAAGAAAAGACAAAGCACAGGAAACAGAAAACUAAAGAUAAAGAAGGAAAAAACGGGACAGGGAGAGGAAAGAAAGGAGGGGCCAGAUCCAAGGAGCCUUCUGAAGACCCAGCAGGCCCUUCGAAGAGAUCGCGGAGGCUGACGCGAGACGAGAUCGUAAGGAAACUCAAAAGCAUCUAUCGGAUUGAGCCAAGUAUCCCCUCCUCUCCCUCCUCCUCUACCGCCUCCCCUCCUCCCCCAACCGCAGACAAGAAUAACGACGCGUCUACCUCUUCUUCUGUCAUUCGCCCGUGCUACAACACCUUCCCACGCCCACGCCCACGCCCACGCCCAGCCACGCAGACGAGCCCCCUCAUCAGCUCUGAGAGUAUCCCAGACGGGGCAUACGUCGAUCUUUUUCCCGUCCUGAAUAUGUCGGCUUUGCAACUUGCAGCCGAGGGGAGGGACUACCUCAUGUGGUGCCCCGAUCAAGAAUUCGAUCAUGCAGUCGCCGCCUUGGACAUCCGGAAUAUGUCGGCUUUGCAACUUGCAGCCGAGGGGAGGGACUACCUCAUGUGGUGCCCCGAUCAAGAAUUCGAUCAUGCAGUCGCCGCCUUGGACAUCCGGAGGUCAAGGGAGGUCACGCCCGAGUGUGACCCUCAAGCCUCCUCGUAG